GUUACAUUCAACAUACCUAAUUGCAAUCUGUGACUAGUUCAAACAAAGUUGCAAUGGAAGAAAGCCCUCUAGCUAUAGUCCUGCAACUUGGCAGUACUUUCGCACAUUCUCCAGUGUAUUUUAAUAAGAAAUUUAACCGUUAUUGUCCAGUGAGUAGAUGGUAUUUGACUCCUAAUGUCAUAUUCUGUGCAAUAAUACAGUCAUUCCAAGUGUAUUACGUAUACAGAACGUUCGAUGCAUCAUGUGAAGCAAACGGAACUGUACUAGCUCUUUUAUACCUAUUGGACAUUCAGUUGACGAUCUGUCUAAGCUACGUCAUGAUUUUCAAUGGAGUCAAACAAACAAAAACUCUCGUAAAACUACUAAACCUGAUGAAGAACGUUAUCGAACGAAAUAAGUUCGAGCUAGGAGGUCCAAAGUAUUCGAAAAUGUGACGCAAUACCAUCCUAACAAUCGUUUUGAGUGCAAUCCUUACUGUGGCGAUCAACGGUGUAAUACCUUGGGCAUUCCAAGUAAUCAAAACGAGCGAAGAUUAUGCCCUAGCAUCGAUAUACGUCCUUGUCGUGUUUGCCAUCGAUGCGUACUUCAUUUUGAACAACACGUUGCUAGUAGUGUUGCGAACAGAACUCAGCUUCAUCGAAGAUCGACUCAAGCUUGGCUGCACAGGACGAGCCAAUCGCCUGCUCGACUGCCCAAGGCAGCUGGGUGUACUAACCAACGCGUACAAAGACGUGCUCCCGUUGAUGAGUUUGUUUGCGAAAUUUGUCGCCGUACCGCUCGCGUACUCGACACUGUUGCUGAUUUUCGAAGGAACUGUGCAACUGUUUCAGUUUUACAUUCUGGUGGCGGCCCACCAGCUCGAUGGGAUCAAGGUCGUGGACAUUUUGUCCUACGUACUGUGGUUUGUGCCUUUUGCUGGGAAACUGUGCGUGACAAUGCAUUUGACAACCAGUACAACUGAAAAGGCCAACGAGGCAGCCCUCUCCACGCGACACUUUGACGAUUACUCGAUGAAGAACACCAAGCUGGCGAAGCAGAUCAACAAGUUCCUCCUGAAGAACCUGCACCAGAAGAAAAAGUUCUCCGCGUUCGGCUUCUUCAACAUCGACAACAGUGUAAUCUACACGGUAUUCAGCUCCAUCAUCACCUAUCUCGUGAUACUGAUACAGUUCAAGCAGCUGGAGAACGAUUUGACCCAUGGCAACAGCGGCAACGAAACCAUUUCGGCGACGGGUGGCAGUACAUAAGUUAUGUGUGCGUUAUCUUGGGGGAGCGAGCGAUUGUAUCAUAAGAAACAGCACGCACAGAUUGUGAGGGAGCACUACUUUUUGAAAUUUGCAC